AAAUUUCCACAUUACACCUUUCAGCGUUCACAAAGGGCCAUUUAACACGAUUAUAUGUUACCGUGAGGACGAGUAUUUUUUCGAAAACAAAAAAUACUCUCGUUUCCGUUUGUACAAUGGCUACUUUUGUCACCAUGGGCAUGGACACGUGAGAUGGCCGGAUUGUAGUGCAACAUGGGUCAUCCAAGUAGCAGUGCUUGCAGUACUCCAAUGCUGGUGAUUUUCCUUGCAGCUUUACUCCUCAGCAACAUCUUCAUCUACCUGUAUUUGGACUCUGUGUAUCAGUCUGAAGGCCAAGUGGUGACCUCGCACGUUGGCUGUGUGGCUCAACAAUUUAAAAUGACUACUAUGAAGAACUGCACCCCCUGGCUCCAGUGUUCCCUGAUUGAUGCAGAAGUUUGCAAGCUGAAGCUCAUUGGCCAGGGAGCAGUGAAGAAGGUCUAUUUAGCAGAAUGGAGGGGUCAGAAGGUGGCUCUGUCCAAACUGUCCUCUCUGAAUUACUCUGAGGAUUUUCUCCACGGAUUGUCUAUGUUAAAAGCACUGCAAGGGCCCUGGGUGGUACAGUUGGUGGGGUUUUGCCUGGAAGACCAUACCCUGGUCACAGAGUACCACCCACUAGGUUCACUGCUGAAUUUGAACCUUGUUCUUGCACAAGAGCACCAAAAGCAUCGCAACACUUGGAAGACCCGGUUGAUGCUGGCGAUAGACUACGUCUCUGUCCUCCAUUACCUUCACAACAGUCCAGCUGGGCGGCGGGUUAUGUGUGACUCCAAUACGCUGGAGAAAACUCUGUCUCAGUUUCUGCUCACAAAUGAUUUUCACCUGGUGGUGAAUGACCUGGAUGCACUACCUGAGGUGGACCUAUCCAGGGACUUGUUGGUCAAAUGUGGCCACCGGGAGCUCAGUGGAGACUUUGUAGCCCCUGAGCAGCGGUGGCCAUUCAGAGACACAGAGGAGCCUUUUUUAGAUGAUCUCAUGCAUAGAUAUGAUGAAAGGACAGAUAUUUGGAAGAUCCCAGACAUGACACAGUUCUUUAUAGGGCGAGUGCCUGGAGGGGACUUGAUCCACUUCCAUCUUUUUCACAUUCAUAAAGAUUGUAAGGCUGAAGACCCUAAACGUCGCCCUUCAGCCUUGGAUGUAUUGAUGGUUUACAAGUCAGUUUUCAGCAGCAUGAUCCAAGACAAUGCUGGGUUCAGAGACAUGCUUUAAAAGUAUUAAGGUGUCUUCUAUGAAGGCUUUUUGAAAAAUAUUUGCUUCAACUUUUUUUAAAUUCAGGUUUAAUGCCUUUUAUAUAAUUACAAAUGACUACAAACUACCAUAAAUAUGAUGGCCACACUGUUUGAAUGUAUAUGCGUUUGGUAAAUAAAUUAGUGUACACUUUAAAUGUUGCCAGUCAUAAAUAAAACACAAAUUGUUCACGAAA